AUGCCUUUAAAAACAAAUGUCGCCUCUCGAGAAUACGGAGAAAAGGAGGAGUGGGAAAUCCCUCAGGACGGAUUUUUAGGUCGAAAUCACCUAAUUGUUGCCCUCGAGCUUGUUAUUUGCGCCUCACUUAAAACUUCGCCUAUCCUCCGGUUUCCCUCAGCGCCUUGUGAUACUCGACCGUGA